AUGCGCCUGCCUGCAGACCCUGCCCGGCCAGGCUCGCUCAGCACACGGCCCGGCAGCCGCCCAGCCUCGCAGGCACCACGACCUCUCCUAGGCAACUAUAUAACAGUCCUGAACAAACAGGCCAAGGCCGUGAUGGAGACAAUCUCUGGAAAACACCAUCCCAGUGGUGGAGGGAACCUCCGGGAAGGCCAGGGCCCAGAAAUGAGGCGAGCAGACAGAGUCAGUGUGUCAGAGCCCUCCUCUCUGGGGAGUCAAGUUAGUGACGCAGAAAGCACUUGCUCUCAGUUGAGUGAGUUUGAAGACAAGAGUGAGUGUAUUUGCUUGAAUGCAACAUACUCUAUACGUUUUUCAAACUCACAACUAAAGAAUGGAAGGUCUCGUCAGUUGAAUUUACAAUUAGACCCUGGACUGCAGAAAGGAAAGGAGGCAUGUUUUGAUAUUUUGGAACAUCAAGGUGAUGAAAUGGUCGGCUUAGAGAGAGCCUACGAGGACGGGCAGGGCCGUGCCCCAGAGGAGGACUCCCGGCAGGAGUACCACAGUGUGGAAGAGUGCGUGAGCGACCAUGCCUCUCCCGACAGGACGAAAGGGCCGUGCGGGUCUCACAUGCUGAACUCGGGGGACUCCGGUUGGGAGGCCCAGCGCGCCAGCCCUCUGGAAGAGCAUGUGCUUGGGCUGGGAAGAGGCUCUGUCCUGUCCUUAGAUUCACUAGAAGUCUGCGAACAGGAAGACUCGCCGAGUGGCUCCGCCUUUCAGGAUGCUGCGAGGCCGAAAGGAUGCCGUGAACAGAAGCAUGAGCAGUGUCAGGCGCGGGAGACUGGUGCGGCGUUGCACGCGGUGGGCGAUGACGUCAUACCAGCAGGCAGCUUUGGAAACCACGCAUCUGCAUCUGAGACUGCUUUUCUGAACUCUCAAAACACAUUAAAAACGAAAAUUUAUGCUGAAAAAGUGAAAGCCCAAAUAACUGAAAUUAUAAAUUUUUGUGGAAACACAACUGCUGAAAACAAACUCUUACAGCACCUUGAAAAUGCUAGCACACUGGCACAGGCCAGAGCCUUAGAGGCCUCACUCCAGCCGCAUGACGAGCACCCGACUUCCUGGACCUUCAGGUUGGACGAGUCGGUCAUUUCCGCCCGUGAAUAUUCACGGUACAGAAGUGUGCAGAGCGGCCCUGAUGUUUCUGUCAGCGCGCCGAGGAGUGCAGCCAGACACGGCCAGGCCGCGCGAGAGGCGAGCUCCCCAGAAGCUGGCAGCCGCAGUACCAGCACAGCUUGCUGUCCUGCCACAGCAGGGGCACGCCCCCUCGCUGGGCCAAGAGUGGUCAGCUACACGGUCACCGUUGACCAGACAGUGGACGUCAGCACGGACUUCAGGGCCUGCUUCACAACCAGCAGGGCCACGAGUGCCAGGCCUCGCGUGGCGUCAGCGUCGUGCAACACGGACAUCACGAUGAUGAACAAAAAGCGGCCUAGCGAAUGUCGCCGCGAGACACAAAGGAGUGUUGCGUGCAAUACGGAGUGGUCGUACGGUCAGGAGCCACACAUGGCUGCCACAGAAGGACCCAGAACAUCGGCCUCAGUGGGCAGUUUAAAACCUAAUGGAAAUGUCCUAAACAAGGACUCUCAAGAACUGAGGAAUACAUUUGAUACCACGGACUUCGAGAAGCAUCCGGAGAGGGAUUUUCAGCUCUGUAAAGACACGAAGAGGACUCUGCCCUCAGUGUGCUGUGAGAAGAUGAAGCAGCGAGCCCUGAGCGCUGAGCUGCACCUCCUGGACAUCCAUUACCAGCUGUGCCAUCGCCACUGCUGCGAGCUGCAGAGGCUGCUGACCGACAAGGGGGCAGCGCUCGGCCGGAAUUUGCCAAGUGGUUCUGCUAGGAAGGAGCUCGGAUCAGCCCUGCAGUCUGUUUUGGGAGCCUUGGAAGUUAGAUAUGCGUGUUUGAAAGACAAAGUCGAGCAGGGCAUUCCCCUGGAAGAGCUGCCGCCGCUCUCGAUCGAGUCCAAGCUGCUGUCCGGCUUCUCGGCCUUUGCAUCCAGGUUAAUGAAAGAAGACUCACAGGUGUCUCCAGUGGCAGACGUGGCACCAAGUGCUCAGGAUUCACAUGGAGGUGACGUACCCUCAAGCCUGAAAAAGACACUCUCACAAGUGACCUUACUGGCUGAACAAGACACAUCACCCAAUAAAGAUGGUUUAGAAACUGGUGAUAUAAAUGUAGAAUUUAGUCAGUUGAAACUUGAUGAUGAAGACUGCAGACAUUACCGAGAAAUGGGUGACAGCUGGUUUGAUGCCCGAGAGAACCUGACGGGAGUGGACCCCUCAGGAACACGAGGCAGCCAAGUGGACCCUGAGCAGGGGGCUCCGGAGGGCACACCUGAAAUGAAGGCUGCUGAGCCAGCUGGGAGAGACAGAGGUUUUCUAAUACACGUCGGAGGUCUCUGCCCUUCAGUCUCUGAGGCUGAUUUAAGGUCUUAUUUCCAGAAGUACCAAGUUUCUGAAAUUUCAAUUGAUGACUCUUCUGAUUACAGAUAUGCAUCUCUGGCUUUUAAGAAAAACAAUGAUGCCAAGAUGGCUGUGAAGGAAAUGAACGGGACGGAAAUAAAUGGCAAAUUCGUCAGUGUGCGGCUUGUCAAAACUCCCGGGGAUCCCACGUCCCCACUGUCCUCCCAGCAUGGGGACAGAGUCAGCUUGACGAGUUCAGAGAAAAAUCCCAACGGAGGAGUUGGUUCAGUGCCCUGUGCCUCCAGCCUGCCCAGAAGCAGGCCGCGGCCGACGGGAGCCGAGCCGGACAGCGAGUGCUGCCCUCUGGCCCAGCAGGUCAAGAAGAACUGCAGGCAGAUUGAGUCUGCUAAGUCAGCUCCUCAUAUCCCCGUGCAGUUUAUACCUCCCAAUACCUUGAACCUUCGCAGCUUUACCAAGAUCAUGAGGAAGUUGGCUGAGCUGCAUCCAGAAGUCAGUAGGGACCAGCUCCUGGAUGCGCUGCAGGCCGUGCGCGCGGACCGCUGUGGCCUCCUCAACGGCCUGUCCAUCAGCACGAUCGUGGAGAUGACUUCCUCCAAGCUCCAGAGCUCGGCUUCCCGCGAGGCCCCCAGGAGGCAGUGA